GAUAUUCCGCAUGGAGUAGACUGUAGUGUUGUCAUUUAAGCUUAUCUCUCACGCAAAAACACUAAAAUAAGCAAAGAAAUAGCAAACACACCGCAAAUAUUCAAACUUCUAACGGGCGAAAAUAUCUCAGUUUUAUAUUCACUUAUUAAAUGGGUUAAAUAAUUUAACAUUUUCUACUCAAAAAUUGCGAGUUAACUAACAACUGGUGUAGAUACAUUUUGUUGUUUCGUUGGACGAACGGCAGAUAGAAAAAAAAGUAAAAGAAUCACGGCGAAAAUAUCUCUCGUCGUGUACCGGCGAUCUUCAAUCCAGUGUAAAAAAUAUAUUUAAAAAAAUAAUAGAACUAAGAAAAGAUAAAUUCGCCUGAUUUAUCUAUUAUAGAGGAAUAGCUUUGCUACCGCUUGCAAUUGCCGUUGCCGUUGUCUUUGCCGUUUUCCGUUGUUUUGUGUCUAAUGUGUCUACUUUGCUUGCACGUCGUCGUCGUAGUCGUUGUACGUUUUCGGUCGAUUGUCGGUAUUGAUCGUGUUGAAUACUAGUUCGCCGCAGCAGAAGCAGAAGUAGCAGCAACAGCCAGCACAGGAAAUCACUUCGCUCACUCUACACCUUUUAGGCCUACUACCUUUCCCACACACAAAUACACCCUAUCGAACACACACACACGUGCAAAUUCAAUGAUCUUUAAUUUUGUAUGAUAUUGUAUUUGUAUAUAUUCAAAACAUACGAGUACAUACAUACUACAAAGAUACAAAGAUACUAUGAUAUGUGGUAGUGAUAUCUUGGUGUAGUAGAGAAACGGAUUGAAUUCGACCUCCUAAUGUGGUUGCCACAGCAUUCGUUACAUUUCGCUUUAAAACUUCAGCCCUCUGAAAAACAGCGAUCGCGAUCGUCGGUUGUCGGUUGUUUUAUGAUAUGAAAGACGAACGAAUAAUAUUUUUAUUUCAUUCAAAAAAAAUACAAUAAUUAUAAAUUUAUAAAUAAUAAAAUAAGCAGUUUUUUUUUGUAAAUUGUAUAAAUAAAUGAAUAUAAAAAUUGUGCCUUCAUAAAACUACAUAAAGGAAACCAUAAAUACAACAUAAAGUGUAGAUUUAUAAUUUCAUGAAAAAUAAAAUAAUAUGAGAACAAACCUCCCGAAUUGAUCGUGUUGUGGAGAGCAGCAAAAUAAAGCACAAAAAGAUUGAAUUUUUAUAUUUAAAUUUGUAUCUUUUACACCCAGUUGUACAGAGAGUACUUGUCUAUUGUGCGUGCGCUUUUUUGUAGUAUAAAAUUUUUGGAUACUUAUUUUACACACUUAAAACAUCCUGAAGGAAAAAAAAUAUAAAAUAUAUUUAUUACAAAUCUCACAUCAUCUUUAUCCAAAAACCAACCAAACACCAACACCAACCAUCUCGAUUCGAUUUCGAAAUAUACAAAACGAAUUUAAUAGAUACAAUCUUAUAGAAAUUUUCAAAAAAAUAUCUAAAAAUUCAAAGAUAUUGUAUCUAAGACGCGAUUAUUAGUUGUAUGUGUCUUUAAACAAAAUAUAUAAAAAAAAUAAAAAUUCAAGUGAAAUUGCGGAGUAGUACGAGUUAAAGUCUAAAUUCAUACACCAAAAUAAUAUUUUCAAAAAAAAAAUUAUCAAAAACGAAAGAAAGAAAGAAAAUCGUUCAUCUUUCAUCUUCAAUCGUGCAAAUCUAAUGAAUGAAUGAAUUUUUUCUUGUUAUUUGGUUUUUUGCUUUCGUUGCUUUCCCCUUUAAUAAAUCAAAAAUUAAAAAUAGCUCAACGAGAGUUACGAGUAUAGUGCGCGCACUGAAGGAAAAAUAAAAUAUAAAUACAAAUAAUGAAAAAAGAAAAUUGAAAGAAAAUUUUUUGAUUUUUUUUUCUUACACUUUUCUUUAAAAAAAGCAACAAAUAAAAAUUAAGUGUUUGUGAUGUGCUGCCUCUUAUUUUUUGUAACGAAAACCGUGAUUAAUGAUUUCAGUUCGCUUACACAAAUUCAAAUUUACAAAUAAAAAAGCGAAUUUAUAUUUAUAUCUAUGUAUAUAUGAAGUAGCUCAAUUAAAGCACACGUUACAAAAUAUAAUUUAUAAAUGCAAAAAAGGCGAAAAAAAAUAUUGAGCUAAGUGAAGAAAAUCAAAAAAAAAAAGAGUGAUUUUUCUGUCUAUAAUUUGUUUGUGGAUUACUUUGCACCUGCUGAAGCUUAUUGGAUUAAAUAUUCAUUCAAGAAAACAAAAUAAUAAUUUAGAAAACAAAAUAAAUAAUAGUACAAAAUUAAAAUUCAUCACGAUCAUCAUUAAAAUAAGAACAGAUUUACGGCGAAAUCAAAUUUUGUUGCAGAGCCAGUUUUGUUUUUAGAGAGACUGACAUUUUUUGGAUUAUAUUUUCUAUGCAAAUAAAAGGAGUUAAGCGUGAAAACUUUCUUUGAUUGCUUUGUAAAAUAAUAAAGCAGUCCAAGAAUCUUAAUCAAAUAGACGGCAAGAGUAAAAACAGAGGAAUAGAGGAAGAAAGCGAGAGAUUAUAGUUAAAUCUCGACAAAGUUGUUGUUACAAAAACAAAAUACUAUAAAAUUCCUAUAGCAAAAGAAUGAAGAAGGAAACCAACAGUCUUCGGCUCUUAUACCGAGGGCAUUAGGUGUUGUUAAACCCUUAAUUUUAAUCGAUACAUGGAUCGCAGAAAUGGCGGCGAUCCUUUGGCGCCUCCCCGGCCCCCUAAACUAUUACCUCGUGUCCAUCGUCCAAGGGCUGCGGAGCCACCGAUGAUGAGUGCACCGCCAACACAAGUGCAACACCAGCAUCAACAGCAGCAACAACAAUUAUGUACAAACAAUCAUUUGAGUAGUAGAAGCAACAACACCAACAACAACAACAACCACACCAACAGCAGUAAUAGCAUUAAUAGUAAUAGUAAUAGCAACAAUCGAUUGAACAAUACAAUCGCCAGCAGUCGAAACAGUAAUAAUAUUAAUAAUAACAGCAGCAGUAGUAACACUACGCAUCUAACGACACCGCUACUGCAACUGCAUCACCAUCAGCAACAGCAACAGCAACAUCCUCAUACAACAGUUAGUUUAAAUCGGAACAAUAGCAAUUUAAGUAGCGCCUCAUCCACGUCAUCAGUGUCGACCACAGUGUCGUCGGUGAACAGUUUCACACGCCGAAGACCCCCACCGCCACCACUGGCAGCGUUGACGCUAACUGCUCCAUCAUCAUCACCCAUACUACCGUUACUUGGAGCAAGUCUUAAUCUAAAUUUAUUAAAUAAUAAUAUAAAUAUUAAUAGUAUCGAACCAGUACCAGUAUCGCCUGUCACGCUGGCGGCACCGCGACCUGAAUCGGAGCGGCUCACCAAUGAGUAUGUGGACACACCGUUUCGGACGGCGCAGCAAUUACAGCAGGCGUCACGCAAUCAACAUCCGGCGGGUCAGCACAUCCAUGGCCAAACCACAACUCAACACAAUCUACUGUUGCUGCAACAAAGUCAGCGGCAGCAGCAGCAGCACAACCAACAGCAACAGCAGCAGCAUCAUUCGAGUCAUCAUCAAUCUAGUGGUAGCCAUAGUAAUGUCGUCGGCACCUGCGUCGUCAGUGCUGCUACGGCAGCAUCAAUACAUUCGAAUUCACGUAGCCUUAAGGGAGACGCGACAGGAGGCACGGGCACGACGCCGGGAUUUGGGGCGUCACAUGCGACGUCGACGACGCCGGCGUCGGCGAAUGCGAACGCGACGCUGGCAACCUCACCACCCACAAUCACCCGCCUUCAACAGCACCAUCGACCUAAUGCGCUGCCCAUUACCCAGCCUAUCACCAAGCAACCCGCCUCAACAACCACAUUCAAGAAGGACCUGUCUGAGUCCAUGUUUCACGAGGACCCGCUCGACCUACAUCACAUCGGAGGCGGCGGCGCUAGUGCUGGUAGCAUGGGAAGCGGCAGUUUGGGCUCCCCUAUCGGAGGUAUCAUUCUCGGCGAUGGUGCAAUCAACCCCAUCACCUGCCCUCGCUGCGAACGCUGUCGCUGUGAGCAAUGCCAAAGUCCAAGGCAGCUGCCACAGACCUGGGUGUGCAACAAAACCUGUCUCUGCAGUGCCGAGACUAUCAUUGACUACGCCUCAUGCUUGUGCUGUGUCAAGGCGCUCUUCUACCACUGCGCCCGCGAUCAAGAUAUGGAAUGCGACGAUGGCGAUAGCACACUCUGCGUGGACGAUCCUUGCUCGUGCCUGCCCAACAAACGCACCCAACGCUGGGGCUGGCUCGGAGCACUUUCCCUCGUUCUGCCAUGCCUUUGGUGUUACUGGCCAAUGCGCGGAUGUGUCGCGAUAUGCGAGAAGUGCUAUGCACGGCACGCUGGCCAUGGCUGCCGGUGUCAAGCCAUCGGCUCGACUAGCAGCAUGUUACCCAUUGUCAAUAUCGGCCGAAGUGGGACGGGGGGCACCAACGCCACAAUUGGUGGCACUAAGUCAUCGGGAAUCAGUGGAGGAGUUCAUAGCGGUAUUAGCGGAAGUGGUAAUGGCCACCACCAUCAUCACCAUCAUCAUGGAGGCGGUGGCGGAGGCGGCAACAAUGGUGGCAGUGAAAUCAGUGCUGCCCGAAUACUACGCAAGUGUGACAUCACGCCCGAGAAAAGAUUGCUCGACUCAAGUCCUGAAUACUAACUCUAAACUUUAUAUUAAUAAUAUUAAAUAUAUUCUGUAAAUUCAAAAUAAAAUAUAUAUAUAUAUAUAUUAUUUACAUCAUAAGUAUGCAACAAAAAAUUAUUAAAAAUAAAAAUACAAAAUUAACAUUACAUUUAUUAAAAAACAAAAAUGAAUACACAAGUAAUUCAAAAGAUAAAAAAACUAUUGGGUAAGCCUAGGUUAUCACACUUAUAGGAAUCAAACAAAUUUAUUAAAUUAUUUAAACAAAAAACAAAUUGAUGACUAUAUUCGUUCACCCUUUAUUCCCCCCCCCCCCCC